ACACAUAUGAAUUAUUUAAAGAGGUAACAUUUCUCAACACCUGUUGCCUCUACCCGCCAUGCGAAUUUUCAGCAUUCAAACACGAGCCGCACAUGCCGAAGGACCCCACUGAUCUAUACAGCAUCAGUUUGCCCAAAUUGAUGUACUUCCUGCGUACAUCCAAACACAUUGACCCUUCUAAAUUGGGCGAAUUUGACGUAGCCCUGCGCACCGCCCUGCAAUGUUCAAGUGACCGACAGCGCCCGGACGGAUGCACACUAAUACCUAGGAGAGCCGGCAGAUGUUUGGCGUGGGAUGUUACGGUCCCUGGCACCCUUGCCGAACGAUAUGUAAACCUGACAAGUAAAGAAUGCGGUUUGGCCGCGGCCAGGGCAGCGAACGAGAAAAUGAAAAAAAUAUGGGAACGCCCUCCCCUCGAUGGAUUCUUGCCAAUAUGUAUCGAGGUUCUCGGCCCGAUGGACCCCAACACCCUUAAAUUUCUUAAGGCAAUAUGUAAAAUGAUCAGCGUCAGAUCAGGCGACAGCAGGGAACUGUUUUUUCUAACUAACUACAUUUCGUGCUUGUUGCAGCGGUACCUGCGUGUCUGUAUGCUUGAAAAUAUCCAACUGAAUGCCGACAUGUGCAAUUAA